AUUAUAUAUAAAUGUAAAUAUAUAGUAUUAUGUUUAUUAUAACCAUUUUUUGUAAAAUAUAUGUAAAUUUCUUGGUUUUUAUACAACUGUUUUCCUUGGUAUCAGGAUUCCGCUCAAGUUUGUAUAAUAGAUUAAACACAUCAUUUGUUUCUUAUAAUUUCCAUAAAACUAACUCUUUAAAUGGCAACUUUAACCAAUGUGAUGAAUAUUUAGAUGGGUUUGUUGUUCCUAGCUCCUUUCAAUCCCACGAGAUAAGUAAAUUGGAUUCUAUUGAUAAUGUUCGCACUUCAACAGAUUGUAAAACCACAAAAUCUUUAGAAGAAAAUUUUGUCACAAUUUCAGACUUAAUUCAACGCUUAAAUAAGUCUAAAGAAUCCAACACACCAAUAGGUGUGCCGUUUACAGUCAAUACCAGAGGGUUUGUGCAGGAAAUUAGACGUAUAAACUCGCAAAACCUAUACUUUAUUGACAUCAAUGACGGCUCAACACUGGCAAAUUUACAGAUUGUAGUGAAUCAAGCUAAUAAUUUUAAGGAAUUAGAAUCGCUGAAAAACGGAGAUCAUCUCUAUGCAGUAGGAACAAUGGACAGAAGAAGAGGAGUUCCUUCCGAAAGAUCACUAUCAGACUUCGAUUUGUACAUUAAUCACAAUAAUCCAGAACAUAAGCUAAAAAUACACAAAUAUUCUGAAGAUGACUUGGAAAAUCCAGUUAUCCCAAAUAUAGAAUACUCUGACGAAUAUCUGAGAAAAUAUACACAUUUUAGAUUUAGAAAUAAACAGUUCCGUUCAAUUAUCGCCAUUAGAAGUGCUAUAAAAUCAUAUAUUCACCAAUUUUUCACAAGUAAUAAGUUCACUGAGGUGGAUACGCCCUGUUUAACUCUCAUGAAUUGUGAAAAUCUGGCACCGCUAACCCUAAAAUCACCAUGCAUUGGAACAAACUCGGAUUAUGAUAGUUAUGAAAAUACAGAAAAGAAUAUCCCUGUAAAUUUGAGUUCAACUGGACAAAUGGAAUUGGAGUUUGCCUGCUAUGGUUUAGGGAAAGUUUGGAAAGUAGGGCCUUCAUUUAGAGGUGAAAGAUCAGAUACUAUAAGACAUGCAAAUGAGUUUUGGAUGAUCGAAGCUGAAAUUCCAGAUGCCACAUUAACGGGAAUGAUUAACUUGAUUCAAGAGUUGAUUAGGGGGUGUGCAACAUAUAUACUUCAAAAUCAUGAAGACUAUGUAAAAUAUUUGAACAAUUUUAAUGAUAAAUACAAAGACUUUUUAGUUCAUUUGUCAAAUGCUAAUAUAAAAAUGAUAACAUAUGAAGAUGCAGUAAGGAUUCUAAAUGAGACCAAUUCUGGAUUGGAUAAACAAGAUAAGGUGUUUGAAUGGGGAAAGAGACUUUCUGAACCUCAGGAAAGAAGACUUCUUAAAUAUUUUCCCAAUGAUAUUAUCGCAAUCGCCAACUUUCCAGAAUCCAUAACACCUUUUUACAUGAAGUCUAGUAGUGGAACUGAUAAAUCUGUUGAGAGUGGGAAUUUAAAGAAUACAGUAGAAAAUUUUGAUAUAUUGGCGCCAUUUGGAUAUGAAAUAGCAGGAGGCUCUAUUAGAGAACAUGAAUAUGAAGUUUUGAAAAGGAAGGUGAACGAAAGGAAAAUUAGUGGAGAAGACUAUGAAAAAUACUUGAAUCUGAGAAAGAACGUUUAUUUACCUCAUGGAGGAUUUGGGAUAGGAUUUGAUAGACUGGUAAUGUUGAUGACGAUGAAGGAAAACAUCAGAGAUGUAACACCAUUUCCAGUGACUAAAGUUUAAUAUUUAAUGUAUAUUAUGGCCUAACAUUUAUAAUAUAUUAGUGGAAG